AUGCCUUCGCCAGGUUUGCUCAAGGUUUGGGACGUCGGUUCUGGCAACUCGGCAAUCACGGAGACGCGGUUGGGCUUGGAGAAUGCAUCUGCAUUGGCCUUUCUGGGUGGCCCUGGCCUCCUCAUCGCCCAUGAGACAGGAGGGAGCUUCGCCUUCGUCGACCCAGGCAGCGGAAAACUAACCCGCCAGCAGUACACCAAGGACGUCGUCGCUGCAGCGUGCGGUGUGUCUUCUGGACAGUCGUCUGACUUCUUUGCUGGCGUUGGCUCUAACCUGAUUCGCUACGAGACGCGCCUCGCUGGUGCAGAGACCAAAGGCCAUGCCGUGGGCAUGUGGACCUUGCCGGCCAAAGUGACUUCUCUGGAUGCCAUGAGCAAAGGCCGUACCCUGGUGGCCGCUGGCCUCCAAGACGGCAAGGUUGCAGUUUUCGAUGCUGACUGA